CCAAGGAAUAAUCAUUAAGCUCAGCAAAGAUGAUUUGGAAGCAAAUCCUUCUCCUCUCCUGCCUCACUGCAUUUGUGCUUUUAGCUAUUCUUGAGUCUGGGGAAGGUGCAGCUGUGAGCUCUAAGCAAGUAGCUGGAGAAGAGGACAAAAAAAAUUUGAAGAAGAUCUUCCUCCAGGAGUCAGAUGCUUCUAAUUUCUUCAAGAAGAGGGGCAAGAGAUCCACCAAGUCCCGGGAUGAGCUGAAUGCGGAGAAUAGGCAACAGCUUCGAGCAGAUGAGCAUCGAAGGGAGUAUUACGAGGAACAAAGGAAUGAGUUUGAGAACUUUGUGGAGGAGCAGAAUGAUGAACAAGAAGAGCGAAGCCGGGAACAGGUUGAACAGUGGCGUCAAUGGCACUAUGAUGGUCUUUACCCACCAUACCUCUAUAACCGCCAUCGCAUCUAACCUCAAGCUGGGAGCAGACUUAUCAGGAAGUCUGAAAGAACAUUUAUGAAUGUUGGCUACACACACACACACACACACACACACACACACACACACACACG